AUGAAUAAUUAUAUGCAAAUAAUGCUAGCUACAAGUUUUAGUUUAUUAAUCACAUUUACAUUUCAUAAUGUCCUAAAUGAGAAACGAGCUAGCAACACACUCUUUCAACAUAUAAUUGCUGAUACUUUCCAUUAUAGUCAUUUAUCCUUGGCCUGUCUUAUCAAUCAACGAAGUAAUACGUCCUGUUUAAUUCUUCAAAGUACAAAUGAUAAACUAAAUAUGUUAAUCUUGGUGAAUUGUCUAUUUUUCUUUAUGGCACUGAUAUGGUAUUGUGGUUCUAAAAUAAAACAUCGAUUAGUAUUAGGAAUAUUGAUGAUAUACAAUGUAUGGUUGUUAGCUCGAUGGUGCAAUAGUUUUCACUUUUGGUAUUCAGUAGAUAUAUUUACUGUUUAUCUUUUUGUAUGGCAAUUCAGUUAUCUUAUAUUUCAAUGGUGUUUUCAUAAACUCUCAUGGCCUUUUCUAAUUCUUUAUCAAGCAUCAAUAUGUGUAUUAACAGCUAUUGAAGCAUUCAUAUUUUAUGAACUAUUUCUUCGCUAUUUUCCUUCAAUUCAUCUUGCUCUCAUAUGGUUUAUAUCUUUUGAUGAUAUCUUCGCAUGUUUGCAUAUUCAUGGUCGAUUCCGUAAAUCGAUGAAAGAUACUUCUAUGAAUUAUAGAAUAUCGACAUAUCCAACAUUUCCGGUCUUUUGCUAUUAUACUCAUGACAUUGAAGAUGGAAUAGAUCCAACCAAAGGUUACAGAGCUUUGGGUGACGGUGAUUUUUUCUUAUACAAUCUACUUCUUUUAUGGAUAUUACCACCAUUAUCAUCAACAAAAAUACAAAUAUGUGUAUUUUUUGGUUUGGUUACCAAUGUUCACAUUGGUUUUAUGCUUGCGGAUUGGAUUGGAUCUCUUUGGAAAGAAUAUCAAAUGCCAGCAUUACCUCUUCCUGUGAUCUUUAUUUCGUUAUAUGCUCUAAUUCUUGAUUUUAUUCUACAAAGUUUAGACGUAGACUGUGUUGAAAUGCUAGAUUGA